AUGCUUGACUACCUCCGUGACCAGCUGGUCUCUACUACCGACACACCCGCUUCUAGUACCGAACAUUCGGCACCACAAACGGAAAAAAACCCUGAAAAACUAAGUUUAUCCGACUCAAGCUCGGACAGAGCGCAGACUACCGAAACACCGCAAUUGUCGGAUACAAGCCCAGAGAAAGACUGCAGUUGUGAGACCCCGCAAUUGUCGGAUGUAUGUCAGACCCGAUUGACACCGGAAUUGUCAGAUUUACGACAAUCGGACAUGAGCAUGAGUCCAGAAAGCGCCCAGCAGGGAACGGCUGGAGACUGUUUAACGGCUGUCAAGAGUGGGAGAAAAGCCACAGAUCACGACCGACACCACGCGGAGCAUGGGAGCACAGACCUGCACUCACCCGUGGAUAUGCAGAAGACGUCGAAUACCACUCUGGACACAGAGAGUAUGGGUGCGGCGUAUGUGUAUGCCAAACCAGCCAGUGCACACGAACCAUCCCACACGGACAGCAACCAGCGUGUGGAUACGAACGGGAUGCUUUCUCGCACAUAUUCGGUCUCGAGCAUGGCGGAUGUGAAGGCAACACCUCAACCCACCCCCACAGUCAAAUCAAAGGUCGGCAGGUCACAGGCACGCACGCCCGCGUACGCACCCACCCCACAAAGAAGUAGCGCGCAGACCCCGAUUUCACACGCCAAUACGUCAGAUUCGGGUGUUAAAUUGGCCGGGAAUACUAAAACGAGCGCCAAUCGGGUCACCGAUCCCAGAAAUGGGCCGCAGGGAACGCCGAUGUGCACUCCCACCCCCACACGCGCCUUGCAGACACCGCCAUCGUCUGUGUAUCCACACACGAAUACACACACACGCACAUACACACACACGGGUACAGGCAUAGGCACAGGCACGUUUGUGCAUCCCACCCCUUCCAAUUCGUCACUGGUUCUAGAUAGCGGUAUCAUGGUUGGCCCCAAGACCUUGAAACGGCACAACGACGACAACUCCUCGACGCAGAAACGCCACAGAAAUGAGUCCUCAUUCAAAUUCGCAUCCCCCCUCAAGAACAGACCGGGAGACACGCGUACAAGCCCGAGCGCCAGUACUACCGACAGCAAAGCACACGCCAGCACACGCACACGCACAGAGUGUAGUACAGACGCCGACCCCAGCACCAGUGUGGGUGCAAGAGAGACACGAAUGGAGGCAAGCUUGGAGAGUGGGCGAGAUAACCAGCCAACCAACGGCAUGCACAUGAACAUGGAUUUGUUGCUACAGGCGGCUCGGUUGAGUGGGGCCAGGGAUGAGGCGUGCGCACCCCACACGUCCACGCACACAUAUAGACUCGAGACAUGCGUAGGGCACGCGCACAACACCUUGGCACAGAGAGACGGCAAGGACAAGGCAACUCGGGGGGUAAAGAUGGCCGGUGAUACCAAUACUAGGGCAGGUGAUGCGCUUGCUCCAGGUAGUUGUUAUGAAGUGGGUGCGCUUACGGGGGUGGGUGGGGGUGGGUGUCGAGAGGGAAGCACGCGAGAGGAGGAGGUUGUGACGGGUGACGGCUGGCAAGCACCGCGUAGCAGUAGUGCAGAGACUGGGACUGUGGCCACGGGAGAGAAGGCCCAUAGGAAAGCCCCGGCAGCAACUGACACCGUGACACCGGAUGACACGGGAAGUUCUAUUAAUAGAACAGAGCGGGAGUCCAUAGAUAGAAUGGAGAAGGAGAAGAGCACAGAGACAGGCACGAGUACACAAAGUCGUUGUACAAGCAUGGCUGAUAACGAGACGCGAAUGGACGAUAACGGUACGGGUAUCGCGAAAAGCGGGACGAGUGCGCCCGAUAGCGAUACGACGGCAGCGUCUAGCAACCUACUGCUUGUAAGUCUUCCCAAUGCUGUAGGUAGUAGUCGUGGCAGGCCACACUCGCCUGGUGAACGGGAGAAGACCAAUAGAAAGCGUUCUAAAAAUAGGACAGCCAGUCAAGAACUUUCGAGAGAGCGAGCCAAGAAAGAUGCUUUAUUGCAUGUGAAGACGACAGACACCAGCCGGAGUAGAUCACGGAGUAGAAGUCCCGGAAUUGUUACCAAGUGGUCUGGUACGUCUCAAGGCUACGCAACAUCCAACGAGGAGACGGAGUGCAGGAGUAAGAAUACUUUUAUUACACAACCAAUCAAAACCAAGACGUCCAAACAUCACAGAACACUGACAGUAUCUAGUCAUAGGUCCAAAGGCAGCCUUUCUGGUCUGGAUACAGAGCAAAUCUGUGACAUUUACGAGCCUAGCGUGGACGAAGUGGCUGAGGCUGCCUUACUCGGCGAUAUGCCGUCUCUGGACGGCCCUAUGGAUGCGCAGAGCAAGCGCUACCUCGAUCUGGCGAACCAAUUGGAUAUGAACCGAGAGAUCAGACAGAGGAGAGCGGUGGCAGACAGUACUAACCAGAGACCCGGAAUGCAGCCUGUCGAGUCCGCUCCCCAAGAAGUGCGAGACCUGUACACACAACACACCAAACAACGGGAUGAUCUAACCCGUCGCCAAACACAUGAGCGUGAGCGUUUCAGUGCGUAUACAUACAACGAGGUCACCACGUACGCAUCUGAGCUUCCCGACGGGUGUCAUUUAAGCCUCGCCAGUGUGUUGUUGAAAUCAAAGUUGAACACAUCCAGUCGCCAUAUGAGUGUUGUCGGCCAACUGGCUCAGUCCAUAUGUCCCGAACUGCCAGCCGGAACGUACCAGGCUCGCGACGCCACUACACUGAGCGUUUCUGUGAAAGGGCUCUUUGAGGAAGCGGAAUGUAUACGAGGAAGACAGCAGUCAGAGUGGACGGCACUAGAUGCGCUACAACGCCGCCAAUGGAGGUACAAAUGGUCCACGCAACCGCAAAAUCUUGCGGUAAACGGGACGCUCGACCAAUCAGAAGCCAGUAUGGAGCUCUCGCGUACCAAUCAGACAGAAGCUUGCAAACUCACACGCACAUUUCCAGGCGCCGUUGUGCAGGUGCCUGGUAUAUCUAUCAGUGAUUGCGUGCUGUCUGUGAUGAUGGCAGACCAAUCGGAUCUCUUACGCUGAAUUUGCAGCGCAACGGCGGAGAUGUCGUACGCUACGCCCAAUCAGAUGCCGAUAUGGAUAUGGCGAUCACAUGCACAGAUCGCUUGGAUCAUAGAUGCUUGCACACAUACAUGUACAUCUCUAAGUGGUUACGUACGGGUGUACGGUAUAUCGAUUAGGGAUACGUCCUGGCUGUGAUACUGGCUUGUCUGUGAUAAUGGCUGAGCGAGCUGAUCUGUUGUGCUCAGAUUGCAGCUCACAUGUGCAUGUGUGCAGCGGAGAUGCAGCAAGCUGUUGAGUGUAGGGACCUUCAGAGCCACUUGGUCCUUGGAUUUGCAAUCCAAAUACUAGUACUAGAAAGCCUUGUGCCAAUUGUUAGUAUUUAGUGUAAUAAAGCACACCGUCUAGCUG